GACUCAUUGAUUUUCUUUUGAGUACGACGCUGUUACGCUGGAGACUGGUGCAAGUGCAAAUUCGAUUUUCCAUUUAAAUACGAAAAUCAAACAGUGUAUUUGUAGUGCACCAUUAUUAAGCAUAUUACAAAAACAAUAAGAACAAAAAAAUUAAUAAAAUAAUUUUUGAGAAUUGCAAAAAUUGCGUGUAACCAAAAAUAAGUUGGAGUAAUAAAAUAAUUGAAAGUUUGUUGGAAAAAAUAACUGUACGAAAGAACUCAGAGAGACUGAAUUUUUUAUAAUAAAUUCCAUUAAAUUAAUGGUGCAUAUGUUCGUGUGCAAUAUUACCGCAUUUUUGGAUUACUAAACAACGCAGCCAGAAUGAAUAAGUUGUUCAUAUUCAGUUGCCUCAUUUUGGGCACACAAAUCCAACAGUCGUACCAACAACAAGACUACACCACACCAGUGCCGAUAUUGAAACAAAUCGAUCGCCACAACGACGAUGGCUCAUAUACAUAUGGCUAUGAAGCAGCGGAUAGGAGUUUUAAAAUCGAAACGAAAUACCCGAGUGGUGAGGUAUUUGGCAAAUAUGGUUAUUUAGAUGAUCAGGGCAAGUUGCGUGAGAUCGAGUAUGGCGCUAGUAAGCGUGGUUUCGAACCAGCUGGCAGCGACAUAAAUGUGCCACCGCCCACGCUUACUAACAAUAACCCUUAUCCGUUGGGUCCAAACGAAAUCGACGAUGGUCAGUAUCGUGAAGAUCCCGCUGUUUACUACAAGGAUCAAAAGUUCAAUCGUCCACCAGUUGCAGCAAGCAAAUUCAGUUUGGACAAUUUACAUCAACCACAAAGACAGCAAUACAACCCACCUGCGCCACAAUACUACAAUCCACCACCACCACCGUCGCAGCCACGUUAUCAACAAUUCGGAUUUCAGCAUCAACCACCUCAAUUCCGGCAACCACCUCCACCACCACCGCCUCCGCAACCACGUUAUCAGCCACAAUACCAACCACAGUAUCAACCACAAUAUCAGCAGCGUUCCUACCAACCAUCCCAACCGCAGUCCCAAUACCCAUAUGGCAGUUUGCCUCAACAUCACCAUCCGGCGCUAAAGAAUCUCGAUAUCUGGAGUGGUUCGUAUAGCAUUGAUUACACGGGCAGACGCAAGUAGAAGGUUGGCAUGUGUACUAGAAUGUGCGUGGUUUGCCCUUGCUGAAAAGUCAUGGUAAAGCUUGUGGAUUCUGAGUUAUGUCUGUCGUGUCGUGUGAAUUGGAACGAGCUGUGGCGUGAGCGUUGAGAUCGUCAUCAUUAAGACUUGUACUGAUUUCGUUGAACAACUCAAUCAGUUACUAAGAUUUUUUACAUGUAAAUAUGUUUGCAAUAUUUUAUUAACGCCUAUUAGUUAGUAAAGGCGAACGAGUCGAAAUAUAUGUACAUAUAUUUAUCUAUAUUUUUUAUACUUUAUAAUAACUGAUUUAAGCCUAAAACAUAACGAUAGCGAUGGAAAUUUAAAAAUAAAUACAAAAAUCUUGAGA